CCUUUCCCAAUGACUAAACUGACAAUUUCUCCAAUCUCUGAAUCCCUCCAUAACGUCUGACCCUUUCACGUCUGAAUUGAGUGAAUUUCUCUUUCACCAACACAUCUCUCGCUCUCUCUCUCUCUCUCUCUUUCUCUGAUGAAGAUCUCUGACCCGAGAGUUCUGUGACUCCCUGUCACACAAUCUGCAUGUGUACGUCGUCGUUUGCGCGCCACCCUUCUAUCUCUCUCUCAUAAAUGCAACUUAUUGGUUGUGAAGCCUUUUGGGAUUUCACAACAGAAGAGUGACUACCUCUCUUUCUCUCUCUCUAUUCUAAUUUUCUGUUUCCGUUUUUUAGUUCCUUAAUUACGUUGAUGAAAUCAAAUUAUAUCGAUAAAAACCUCCACUAAUUGAUUAUAAUUACAUGUCAUUUAUAUAUUUGUCGGUUUUCCCACUAUAUAUAUAAACCACCCAUGCACGGAUUUCUUUCAUAAUGGUUUCCCUUUCAGUUAAACCAGCAACAAAGAUGGCAAAGGUUAUGCCAAAUAAAGAGAAAGAGUUUAGAGGGAGAGAGAAAAGGUCAUGCUUCUUUUCUGAUAUAACAAGAACAUGAUUAUGAACCCUCUUCCUUUAAACCUACCCCAUUUCGUUUCACUUCUCCUCUCUCAUUAAUGUAUUGCCCAUGUAAUAUGUGAAGGGAAAAGCGUACGUUUUAAUUUGUUUGUCUAUGUUCUUGAUUUCUGGCAAUGGUUAAGAUGGCUGUUCAGGCACAGUUUUACCCAGAAAAUAUGGAUUUUCCCUUGUGUGGCCUACAGGAUCCUGCUUUUGGGUUUGUUGAUGAUCUUCGGUUUAGCCUUCAAUAUCCCCAACAAACUCACUUUCAUCUUCAGCGGAGCGCUCAAAAGUUUGGCGUUGAUUGCAACGAAGGGGUUUCAUCCUCUUCGAGUUGCAAUAGCUUCCCUCCAAUGGCCUUUUUUCAAUCUUUGGAUGCUCAGUUUGAAUUGCAGAGCCAGGAGAUAGACCGCAUUCUUCAAAUACAGAAUGAAAGGUUGAGACUAGUUUUGCAAGAGCAGAGGAAGCAAGACCUUGCAGUCCUCUUGAGUAAUGUUGAAUCGAAAACGACGAGUUUAAUUAGGCGAAAAGAAGAAGACCUGGCACAAGCAACAAUGAGAACAAUGGAGCUCCAAGAAUGCUUGAAGAAAGCAGAGAUGGAAAGCGAAACAUGGCAAAGAAUAGCCAGAGCAAAUGAAGCGAUGGUAACAGAUCUAAAUAACACGCUUGAACAGGUGAGAGAGAGACUGGUUUUGGUCAGCAAUACAGCCGAAGAUGCGGCAUCGUUUUGUGGCUCAUGUGAUCAGCAAGAAGCGGUGAAAAGAAGUAGCAGAAAGAUUACUUGUAAAAGGUGUUACUCUCGGAGCUCGUGUGUUCUUUUUCUACCCUGUAGACACCUCUGUUCGUGCAAGAAUUGUGAAGCUUUUCUCGGUUCUUGUCCUGUAUGUAACGCUGUAAAGGAAGGUAGCAUAGAGGUUUUCUUGGUCUAACGAGGAAGGAAAAGCAAAGAAGGUGAAGGAAAAGUUUUUGAGAAGUACACACCUGUACUGUCAUUAUGGUGUGUUUUUUUGUUUUCUUUUGCUUUUUCUGGGGUCGGUGGAAUUGGGAUUUUUUUUUUUUUUUUUUUUUUUUUUUUCCUUCUUGCAAGUGCAACGGUCGUGAAAAUGAUGAUGAUGGUGGUGGUAUAGUAAAGAAUCUUUUUUAUC